AUGCACAUUGCAAGUGAUGGAAGUUUCUUCCUGACAAUCGAGGAAACAAACGAACAAAGAAUAAAACUCGGAUUAAAACCUCUCAAGGUCGGAAAUGAUACAAAAAAUACUGUAAUAGUAGAUCAGAAGGAAGAUGAAGCUUCGGAAAUACAAAAAAGAAUAGAAUUAGCAAAGAUAAAACGAAAAGAAAGAGAAUUUAAAAGAAAACAAGGAAUUGAUUCUGAUGAUGAAAAUCAAGAAGCAAAAGAAAAAUUAAAAAAGGAGCAAAAAAAGAAAAUAUUAGCUUUUGAAGAGGAAGAGGAAGAAUUACAUAGACCAAAUGCUAAAGUUUAUGAUCUUUCAUCAUCAAAACCAGCAAUAGCUUCAGAUUUUGAGGCUUUAAAGAAAAAGAAAGUUAAGAAUAUUCGAGUGAAGGAAAAAACAUCACAAAUUGGUGUAACGGAUGAUUUACUUCAGCUAAUGGAAAUGAAUUCAUCAAUUGAUGAAAUCCACUUGGCAAAAAGAUCUGAAAAUAGACUUACUAAGAGAGAAGAGAAAAAUCUAUUGGAAGAAAAGGAAAAAGAUAGAACCUAUCAAGAAGCCAUUGAUAAAGCACAAGAAGAAUCUAUGGUGCUUCAUGGAUCUGAUAAAAUGCUUGUAGAUGAGGAUAAUUUGAACAUAUCUGGAAAAAUAUUUGACUCUACAAAACACUUUGUAAAAACCCUAGCUGUAGAAAAUGUAAAAACAGAGCCUCAAGAUGCAACUAUUAAUAAGAGAAAAAGAAAGAAUGUUUCAGUUAGAUCAAAAGAUGAGGAAAACAAUGUAAACAUGGAUGUGGAUGCUGAUAAUACUAAUAGUGAAAUAUUGGAUGUAAAACAAGAAAUCAAAGAGGAAGAGGAUGUAAAGAAAGAUAUAAUUCAACCUGAAAACUUAGUCAAAGAACCUCUCGUUUCGGAUGGCCUACUUGCCACCAUUGAGUUUGCUAGUUUACAAGGGUUUUUGGAGGAUAAAAGAGUUGGUAGAAGUAAGGAUAGAUCUCACAUUGAAGAAAGACUUAAACCGACUGCUCUUGGAUAUGAUGAUGAGGCUGAUUUUGUAAUUGAACACUUGGACCGACAUGGUAAUUCAUUGACACCAAAGGAGGCCUACAGAGAAUUCUCACACAAAUAUCACGAAAAUAGUGGAACAAAGUCAUCCUGA